UUGGCAACCACCUGUAGAUGCAAAUGACAUCAUAAUGUUCUACACUAUAAAGUAUAUUUUCGAAAGACACGUUUGCCGUGGAAAAGGCGAUCUUCAGGAAAAAUUAACAACUGUGACCACAGCGUCGGCUAAGCUACAUGAAAGCAUAUUUCCGUAUUGGGAUUACAUCAUCAUGAUAAGUGCUGCAAACACUCUUGGCUCUGGCAAUUAUUCAAAUGUCUUGAACGUCAGAACACAAGCAUCGAUUCCUGGCGAUAUCGAUGAUAUAACAAGCUCUGAGGUUUCGUCAAACAAAGCAGAAAUAUCUUGGCUGGACCCGUGUUUCUCAAACGGAAUACUAGAUUCCUUUUAUGUAGAAAUAAAGAAUAUAUCAAACCAAAAUAACGAUGUUGAAGGAUGGACGGCUACAUUAAAAAUACCUUCAAAUGAACCACACCUGAAGCUGGAACAACUUCUGCCAUUUCGAAACUAUUCUGUUCGGAUAAAGGCAGCUAACUCUGCCGGAAACGGGUCGUACGGUAGAAAUCAUGAGUUCCAAACAGCAAUUGAUGUGCCAGACGUGCCAUCUGAUGUGCACAGCUCUACCAUUACAUCGUCAUUGAUUGAGAUACACUGGAGUAUAGCGACGCAUUACACAGGACCAACAAUCUACACCGUAAUAAUUAUCGAUGCACGAGACAACUCACGUAUAUAUACAAAUAAAACAAAUAACGGAUGGGGGAUAGACGAGCUUGCCACGGAUUGUUCCGUCACUGGCCUAGAUGCGUUCUGGAAUUAUUCGGUUACUGUGAUUGCAGAAACCGCACAUGCUAACUUAAGUUACCGUCGAAAUUCCUCAUCUGUAAUUAUCCAAACAGCCGAAGAUCACUACGAGAUCGUUUUAAUGUUCCCGACGCAAUUUCAAGUACGCGCCUCAGAUGGUUUCCUCACCAUACCGGUAUCUUUAGCUAACACGAUCAAUGUAACAGUUCAGGUACGAGCCGCUACUGCAGUUGGUUUGGGAACCAUUGAAGAAAUAUCUCUUGCUGUGGAACCCGGAGGUAUUUUUCAAUAUUACAGAACAAAGAUGUAA